AUGUCUCGAUUGAAUCAAAUCGAAGACUGGCAACAAUAUCAAGAUCCAAAUAAUGUAUCAGUGGAUAGAGUUAAUAGAUCAAAAAGAAUAAUACGAGAAGUACCCAUAGAAGAAGAUGGAAGCAAUUACAAUAACAACUUCAACAGUUCUGUUUAUCAACCUGAAGUAUAUAAAUUAUUACUUCGAGAUUUUUCAAAUAAUUACUGCUACGCGUAUGAAUAUAAUGAUCCACUCAGAUUCAUUAGGGAAUCAAGAGAAGAAACGUUUACACCUCUUAAGAUUAAACUUGGUGGAAGACUACGUGUGAAACCUGGUGCUAAAGUUAUCAAUGGGGUUAUAUAUCUUGAUAAUAGUUUUUGCCAAUAUUUAGGUCUAAUAGAUCAAGAUAAAGAGUUGACAGACAAUUUGAAUACAGGUAUUGUUCAAAGGUAUAUUGAAAUUCUCACAGAAGGGCUAACGUCUUAA